UCUGAUAACGUCCACGCGUGAAGACUGAAAAACUCCGCAAAAUGAAACCGAAACCGAAGCUGCAACCCGAUAUUUUCACUUUUCAGUUCAUUUCUUUUAACUCCUCUAUUUCUUCCUCCUCGUCUUCUUACCCAAAUCACUCCAACAAAAGCAUCCUCUAUAUAAAUUCUAGGGUUUUAUAAUUUAUUCUUUUAGCGUCAUUUACAUUCUCCGCGAAUCGGAGGUAGAGGUUGUAAAUUAUGGAAGGGGCCAGCAAUGGCGGAAUGUUGUACCAUGAGGUACAAGAGUCAAAGCUCUGCGCUAUGCAUUGCGUCAACACAGUGCUUCAGGGACCAUUCUUCUCUGAAUUCGAUUUGGCGGCUCUGGCAUCCGAUCUCGAUCGCAAAGAGCGUCAGAUGAUGCUCCAGGGUGGUGUCUGCUCUGGCGAUUUUCUCACCGAGGAGUCCCACAACGUGUCUUUGGAUGGCGAUUUUAGCAUACAGGUUUUGCAGAAAGCUUUGGAAGUUUGGGAUCUGCAAGUCAUCCCCCUGGACUCUCCAGUUGCUGAGCCUGCUCAGAUUGAUCCUGGACUGGAAAAUGCUUUUAUUUGUCAUUUGCAAAACCAUUGGUUUUGUAUACGCAAAGUGAAUGGAGAAUGGUAUAAUUUUGACAGUCUCUAUGCAGCGCCACAGCACCUGUCUAAGUUCUACCUCUCAGCCUAUCUUGACUCCUUGAAAGGCUUUGGAUGGAGCAUAUUCCUGGUGAGAGGAAACUUCCCGAAAGAAUUUCCAAUAUCCUCAUCUGAAGCUUCAAAUGGUUUUGGACAGUGGCUGUCACCUGAAGAUGCUGAAAGGAUAAAUAAAUCCUGCAACUCGAUACAGGCUCCUCGCCAAAGAAUUAACGAGUCCCAACACCAUCCUGAUCAAUUCCUUUCAUUCGGAAAGGCAGAAAUGUUUUCAGACACGGAAGAUGAGGAUUUGAAGGCGGCAAUAGCAGCUAGCCUGGUGGAUCCUUCACCAGCUGUGGCCAGUGCUGAAGCUCGCAUUCCUCAAAAUGAUAAUCAAAUUAGUAAAGAAGUGACAACUACCGAAGCCGAUACCGCUCCAAAUGAUCAUUGCAACAAGAGAAUGAAAACUACUGAAGCUUCUUCUGAUGUACAUGAUCUAAACAACCUAGAAGUGAGCUCUGCUGCUAGCGUCCCUCAAGAUGAAAACCAGAAUACUAAAGAAAAUAGUGUAUGAGAAAAGAUUGCACCUGUUCCCUGGAAAGCUAUUUUCCAUCAUCGAGGACAUUAAUAUAUACCAGUUCUAGUUGGUCGAAACAUACAUCAUAGCCUCAAAAUCAAGAUUCUGUGCAGUAUGUAAGUUUGAUGGCAAUGGACAACCGUACAACUUUUUCACAGGAUAAUGAGUUAAGCUGAAUAUAUUAUAUACUUUUGUUUUUCA